AGAGCGACAGCCUGCGACGGCGCCUGCGCGGUGGGCGUGAUCCGGGCACUUAGGGCAGGAUGAACGCUGCUUUCCAAGAUGGCGACGGAGGGAGGAGGGAAGGAGAUGAACGAGAUUAAGACCCAAUUCACCACUCGGGAAGGUCUGUACAAGCUGCUGCCGCACUCGGAGUACAGCCGGCCCAACCGGGUGCCCUUCAACUCGCAGGGAUCCAACCCCGUCCGCGUCUCCUUCGUAAACCUCAACGACCAGUCUGGCAACGGCGACCGCCUCUGCUUCAAUGUGGGCCGGGAGCUCUACUUCUAUAUCUACAAGGGGGUCCGCAAGGAAAAUGAAGCACAGCUGAGUCUAAAGAACUGUCAUAGCGAGCAGGGACCGAUCAAGCUUUUUGAUCGUGCGGAUGCCAUAUCCUCCAACCAUUUCAAGAUCCGCCCCAGCAUUUUGUCAUAUAGUAUCUCGUCGAAUCUUGAUAGCAAUCCUGUGAGGUACAAGAAAGCAUCUUCUUUCACAGUUGAAGUUUGGAAUGGAGUUUCUUGUGCUGCUGACUUGAGUAAACCAAUAGAUAAAAGGAUUUACAAAGGAACACAGCCUACUUGUCAUGACUUCAACCACCUAACAGCCACAGCAGAAAGUGUCUCUCUCCUAGUGGGCUUUUCCGCAGGCCAAGUCCAGCUUAUAGAUCCAAUCAAAAAAGAAACUAGCAAACUAUUUAAUGAGGAAAGACUAAUAGACAAGUCACGCGUAACCUGUGUCAAAUGGGUUCCCGGUUCGGAAAGCCUUUUCCUAGUAGCCCACGCGAGUGGGAGCAUGUACUUGUAUAACGUGGAGCACACUUGUGGCACCACAGCCCCCCACUACCAGCUUCUGAAGCAGGGCGAGAGCUUCGCCGUGCACACUUGCAAGAGCAAAUCCACGAGGAACCCUCUCCUUAAGUGGACCGUGGGCGAGGGGGCCCUCAACGAGUUUGCUUUCUCCCCAGAUGGCAAGUUCUUGGCCUGCGUGAGCCAGGACGGGUUUCUGCGGGUGUUCAACUUUGACUCGGUGGAGUUGCACGGCACAAUGCGGAGCUACUUCGGAGGCCUGCUGUGCGUGUGCUGGAGCCCGGACGGCAAGUACAUCGUGACGGGCGGCGAGGACGACCUGGUGACCGUCUGGGCCUUCGGAGACUGCCGGGUGAUCGCCCGAGGCCACGGGCACAAAUCCUGGGUCAGUGUUGUGGCGUUCGACCCCUACACCACGAGCGUGGAAGAGAGCGACCCCAUGGAGUUCAGCGGCAGUGACGAGGACUUCCAGGACCUCCUUCAUUUCGGCCGCGACCGGGCCAACAGUACACAGUCCCGGCUGUCCAAACGGAACUCUGCCGAGAGCCGCCCCGUCAGCGUGACGUACCGGUUCGGCUCGGUGGGCCAGGACACGCAGCUCUGCCUCUGGGACCUCACGGAAGACAUCCUUUUCCCUCACCAGCCCCUCUCGAGAGCAAGGACACACACCAAUGUCAUGAACGCCACGAGCCCUCCUGCCGGCAGCACGGGGAACAGCGUCACGACGCCCGGCAGCUCCGCGCCCCCACCCCUGCCCCGCUCCAACAGCCUCCCGCACUCCACCGUCUCCAGCGCCGGCAGCAAGAGCAGCGUGGCCGACGGCGCCGUCGCUUCUGGGGUCAGCAAAUUCGCGACGCUCUCCCUGCACGACCGGAAGGACAGGCACCACGAGAAGGACCACAAGCGAAACCACAGCAUGGGACACAUUUCUAGCAAGAGCAGCGACAAACUGAACCUGGUUACUAAGACCAAAACGGACCCAGCUAAAACCCUGGGGACGCCCCUGUGUCCUCGGAUGGAAGACGUCCCCUUGUUAGAGCCGCUCAUCUGUAAAAAGAUAGCGCAUGAGAGACUGACUGUGUUAAUUUUUCUUGAAGACUGUCUAGUCACUGCUUGUCAGGAGGGAUUUAUUUGCACAUGGGGAAGGCCUGGUAAAGUGGUCGAGGGUGUGCCAGUGCAGCUGCGUUUCGUCCAAGUUCAAGGCUUGUCCCGUGUCAACAGCGAACAACGGAAGCACUUCUUAGGACAGCUUAUUUGUGUUCAGAGAACUGAAAACCUGGCUUCAGGGUCACGCGCUUGUAAGCUUCAAUUUCUUACCGAACGAACAUGAGCUGAGAGGAGGCUCUGUCCCAGGCUUACUGUCAUCCCAAAACCAGGCCAGCUCUCCGGGUGGAACCAUAGUGUAGCGGCACCCCCACUCGAGAACCCUCGCCCCGACGGGGCCCCACAGGAGCGACGGACGGACGGAGACGGGGGCGCGGACACUCACAGAGGCAGCUGUCACCCGGAGUCACGUGCGAGGACCCACGGGGCCCGCUCGGAAGGGCGCGCUCUGCCAUUCACCCAAAGAAGCUGUUCCCAUUUUAAAAAGGUUCUAUUGGGGCUGUAGUAAAAAAAAUAAAGGGGAUUUUCUUGCGUUUUACUCAACUGUAAUUAAAAUCUCAUAUAUAUAUAUAUAUAUAUAUAUAUAUAUAUAUAAACCUAUACAUAUAUACAUAGUGUAAAAUACAAUAAUUCUUGGACGAGAAGUCCCCUUAAACUCAAUGGUUAUAAAUAGUACUUCACUCUGUUUUUGCACUGAUGUUUCCAUACGUAGGUGAGCAGAGACGAGCUGGAAGGCAUUCCUGGAGAAGGCUGUUGCUUUCUGACUUAAAUCUGUCAUUCAGGAAGAUAGAUGCUGCAAUCAUAGAUUUUUACGAAUUUUUGCACUUAAAAUAGUUUAAUGCUAUUAGGGAAUUACUUUAAAUAUGGGUCUCACGGACUCAUGGCCCUGCAGGGUGUGAAGAUGCUCUUUUUAAUCUUAACAGUGACUUAACACCGGACCCCCCUCGCAGUCAGCUCCGUAUUCUGUGUGUAAAUGCUGCGACUCUGCUGCUGGGGGACAUGGUUGCUUCACCAGUCAUUUCCGUCAUUUAUGAGUGAUCUUUCUAAUUCACACAAAAAAAUUAAUAUUAAAAGUUUCUUGAAUAUACCAUU